UGAGAUUUUUCAGUCUGGAUCUGAGUGGUGUACCGACCAACCGACCGUCUAACAGACGGACCUUGCCAUCCAGAGCCAUGCUGCCAGCACGGCUAAAAAGAAGCGAUUAAUUAAAGUAGAAAUCAAAGUGUGGACGAAACAAACUUUGAAAGCUCGAGCAGAAGCCCCCUAACUAAAAGAUCACUGACUAGGCGCCAAAAAAAAGAAUCCCUCUGGCCGGAAUAAAUAACCCUCUUUAUGACACACUCCCACUCACAUGCACAUAAUUCAUCACAAACACUGCCAGGAACUGACCCGGGCCUUUACUAGAGUACUUUCAAGACUGAAGAGGGGGAAGAAACCCCCAGUGAAUACACCCACUUCUUUUCUCUCCUCCCCUCUCAUUCUCCUCUUCCCCGAGUCCAGCUCUGCUCCGCUCAGACCAGGAGGCAGACCCUCACAUGUGAAGUUAAGCUGUGUGGAUCUUGGACUGAUUGCCCAGCUAUGCAGUAGAGAGGAGGAUUAGCCCAAGCUGAGCACCGGUGCAAGGACUGGGCAUCCGGCCAUUUAUCCAUCACUUGGCUGACUGAGAGAGACACUGCCAUACCAGAAUUUCUGUCUUUGUCUCUUUUUACCUGAAUCUCCUUUUCAUUCCCUUUUCCUUCUUCCCGUCCUUCCUCCCUCUCUCCUUAUACGCCUCUCUCCCCUCUCUCAACUAUGACCCUUUUAUCAGAGGACCAGUCUGUGAGGCCCCAACCCUGCCGGCUCCCGGAACCCGGCAAACACAUCAGCGCUUCUUUGCACCAGUACUCAACAGACUACACUAGCUCCAAAGAUGGCUACAUGGACAGUGGGGACAGCGCCGUGUUCGGAGUCGCGGAGCCCCCCAGACGCUCUCGGGGCCGCCUUAUCCUCCACGGCCUGGUCAUGUUCGGAAGGGAAUUUUGCUAUGCGGUGGAGGCAGCGUUCGUCACACCAGUGCUCCUGAGCGUGGGCCUUCCCCGCAGCCUGUACAGCUUGGUGUGGCUGAUCAGCCCCAUCCUGGGCUUCCUGCUCCAGCCCAUCAUCGGCUCGGCCAGCGACCACUGCCGUUCGGCGUGGGGCCGGCGAAGGCCUUACAUCCUGGCACUGGGCAUCCUCAUGCUGCUGGGAAUCACCCUCUUCCUUAACGGAGAUGCUGUCAUCUCAGCGCUGGUCAGUGACAGGUCAUUGAGGAGUACAUGGGCCAUAGUGGUGGUGAUGUUCGGCGUCGUGCUGUUUGACUUCGCUGCAGACUUCAUCGACGGGCCCAUCAAGGCCUACCUGUUUGAUGUGUGUUCACAUCAAGACAAGGAACGAGGUCUGCACUACCAUGCUCUACUAACAGGUCUGGGCGGAGCGUGUGGUUACCUGGUGGGAGCUAUGGACUGGGGUCAUUCUUCGUUGGGUCAGCUGCUGGGCUCCGAGUACCAAGUCAUCUACUUCUUCUCGGCAUUGACCUGGGGCAUCUUCCUCACUGUGCACCUCUUCAGUAUUCCAGAGAAAAUUCUGGGCAGGGAGACAUCUGCCUCUGACUCUUCAGAUCCCAGUGCCCUCCACCUCUUGGGAUCCCAGAGCAAUGGCUAUGGAGCACUGGCCAAAGAGCCUGUCUCUCCUGUAGUCCCAGCGUCUGUCCCAGACCUCAGGCCAAGGUCUUUCUCUGCCCUGGGCGAGGCCAACUCGGUGACCUCCAGUGCCAAACAGCCGAACAAGGAGGCUCAGAAGAGGAUGACUUUCCGGUCGCUGAUGAAAGCCUUCAUCAACAUGCCAAACCACUACCGCUGCCUUUGUGUCAGUCACCUGCUGGGGUGGACAGCUUUCCUCUGCAAUAUGCUCUUCUUCACUGAUUUUAUGGGACAGAUUGUAUACAAGGGAAAUCCUUAUGCAGACCAUAACUCUACAGCCUACGUCACAUAUGAGAGAGGAGUAGAAGUGGGCUGCUGGGGACUGUGUAUUAAUGCUGUGUCCUCUGCUCUCUACUCCUAUGUGCAGCGUUUCCUUCUCCCGUACAUAGGCCUGAAAGGAUUAUACUUCAUGGGCUACUUUGUGUUCGGCAUGGGCACCAGCCUGAUUGGUCUCUUCCCCAACAUCAUCGUCACGCUCAUCCUGUGCAGUGUGUUCGGCGUCAUGUCCAGCACGCUAUACACCAUCCCAUUCAACCUGAUAGCGGAGUAUCAGCGUGAAGAGGAGGAACAAGUGAAGCUACGAGGAAGCAAUGAAAGUCCACGAGGCACCGGGGUGGACUGCGCGGCGCUCACCUGCAUGGUCCAGCUGGCUCAGAUUAUCGUGGGUGCGGGGCUCGGCGCUCUGGUCAACCUGGCAGGAAGCGUAAUCGUGGUGGUCCUCUCAGCCUCGACCAUGUCUCUGUUUGGCUGCAUCUUCAUCGCUCUCUUCAUCAGAUAUGUGGAAUGAUUCUGCUGUUU